AUGACGAGAAGUAAUACAAUAGAUAAUAAACUAGGUGCUGUGGCUGGUGUUGCAAAAGAAUAUUUAACUUGUAGUGCAAAGAUGAGUGGAAGCAAUAAGCUUGAAAUCAUUGGAAAUGAAAUGUGCAAUAAAGCAGCAACAUCGACAUUGAUGUCAGCAGAUCGAACAUCUAGCACUGCUGAAGCAGUUAUAAAUUCUGUUGUUAAUCGUCAGCAUGAAGCACUCAAAACGGGUAAACCAAACAUUGAGUAA